AUGCUAACUAAAGACUGUCCUGACUUCCAAUUCAGGUUUGCCUCUCGCUUCGUUCAUCCGCUGUCUGACGAACGAUGCCUUGGAACGGUUGGUCGAGCAGUGCGCUUUGUUGCUUGCAUUCCCUCCAGCCAGUGGUCUACCGUCGGCGCAGCCCAUCAGGACAUUUGGUGUACAGGUAGGCCCAUUUGCGUUUCGCAUUAGUGAAUGUUCUUUACAUGGCGCGGUCAGAGGGGGCACGCUGGUCAGAGGACGAUCCUGAUUCACGCCCAGCGUGUUGUCAUAAACUCCACUGAUACGACUUAGUGGAUUUCUACUGACUACUGCCAUAUUUUCGGCGUCCACUGCGCCGUGAUGCUUGGAAAAUCGGCCGUACGAACGGCAUAACGUUACUUAACACCAUGGUCAGCUCAUACGGAGCGGUGCGGCUGUCAAAAGGGUAUUGGAACAGCUGCUGGAUGCACAUUUUCAUGUCUGCUAGUCUAACCAUGUCAUAAUGCAUCUAUUUGGGUCUGAAUGGCUCUGCCGCCUACUGCCUGGAAGUAUUGUUCCUACACAUCGAACCACUCUCAACUUGUCCUCUGUUUUAAUAAUUCUUGUCUGAUCUACUGUGAGGAAAGCUCUGCUAUUUUGUGACAAUCAUUCUUCGGCGAUGAAGUGUAGCACUACAUAUAUGAAAAAAAAUAUAUAUAUAUGCUUAAGGAUUCGAGGUACAGGCAUUGUAUCGCAUUCAUCAUCUCCCGAAGAAGACGAAGAAGAAGCAACCACCCUGUUGGUUAUAAAGGCAGUUGUGUCAGAACUCUCUUUCAACGUGUUCAAACACACUGUAGCGACGACAGUGGGAGGGAGGAGGAGAUGAAUUACUUACAGGCCCUUUUUUAAAGCCAACGACUACCCGAAGUCCUUCAUACGCAAUUGCCUCAAAAACCCUCAUUUUGAGCGGUCGAGUUGAGAAAAGCCAUGUUCUGGCUCUCAAUACCCUAUCUGAAGAACGUAUCAGAGGCAACGGCGAGAAUCCUGAAACCUUUUGGGAUUGACGCGGCUUAUAAACCCGAAUGCACCAUCAUACAGCAAAUCAUGAAGCCUAAAGAGCCGCUACCAACAACAGAACAGUCGGCGGUGGUCUACAGCAUACCAUGCCUAAAUUGCAAUACGAGGCAUGUUGCUGAAACGGGCAAACGCCUCGGUACAAGAUUGCACGAACGCCAACUUGUGAUCAACCGCAAGGACAAGCUGUCUGUGGUCUAUGGCCACAUACGCGAAUUGAACCACGAUUUUUCCUCUGAGAAAGCGAGGGUAAUUGGUCUAGCCAAUGAGAAGAUGGUCAGACUGGUGCUCCAAUGUUGGUCCUCGACUGACACACUCAACCGAGCUAUAGAUCUACAUCCCGCCUACCAGGCGCUGCUUACAAGGCUCGGAUCAGUCCGGACAGGACCAGUAAGGCAAGCGAGCACGCAGGAGUCGAGAGUCAACGCUCACGGAAAAGAGCGGAGUUGAGGGCCAGAGGUCAUGUGACCGAAGCCGAACACUGUCUCACCGAUGCGUCCGCGAAGAUGAAUGCCGCUCAUCUAAAAACAACGACCGAUCAGUCCACCGGCUGACGUGGGAGAGGCCAAUCGGCACGUUGAUUUGACCACAAUUACGCCGACCUCAAUGGGAACAAAGGUCACGCAGGCCUGUCAGCGGUCAGCCCCGUGGAGGUCUAAACCAGUCAGCGGCAAACAGGCAGGUCAAAGUUCGUGCGUCGAGCAGGCCUAUAAUACGAGGCAAGCGGCAAGACUGAACAAUGCAAGACCGUCAUGAGGCUCGCCAUUACACUACGGCGUGCUAAAGCUGCAACGGACUCGAAUCGGGUUCGCUUGAGUGCGUAAUUUUUGCCAGAGGUGUGGUGGUACGCUUAAGUUCGCGUCCAGCCGUACCAACCACCUGCCCCCCUCCGCCUUCGGUCUUCUUAACUACGUCUUGACACCGAACCCAGGCGGGGGAGAGGAAGAGAGUGCGGUAGGUGCUGUACAAAUCCAUUAGAACUUAACAUAAAUUUCCGCAAAAGUCACCAUUUUGCUAUGGAGCACACGGUGAACAUCGCCGGCAACCACCGCUAAGCUGUUAUGCUCAGAUAAAUGUUGCCGUAUUUCUAGGUAAAUCCUAUUCAGCGUUGUGUUCUGAUCCGCUACAUAACCUACAUCGGUAUUUCUACGUCAGACCUGAAUUCGUAUCAGUAUGCUGGCUAAUAAUAUCAAGUAUUCUGCCACCGUUCAUUGCUGUAUUGAGUUUAAGUGAUUUGUCAAACAUUGCAGCAAUGAAAUUUGGAGGUGAUUCGACCAAACCGACUUCGUCCUAAUUCUGUUAAGGCGAUUGUUUACAGUUUUCUCUAAGCUUAUCGGUAUUAUUUUUUACUUUCAGGCCUUUCAUUUCGCUUACAGCUAUUUGAGCAAUUCCACGCCUUUUUUCGGUAUUUUCACUCGUAUCCUUGGGUCUUUUGCCUCUAUUUCCAGGUCUUUCGUUAAUUUCAAGGAACCGCGGCAGUGUGGCUGAUCAUGCCAAUCUUCUCUGCUCGAUUCUACUGGGCUUUGGACUUGCUGCAUACGUCGCCAUUGGCAUUAAAGCCCAAAAUCGCUGUUUCCAUGCCAAAACCGGACCUCCGCAGGACGCCGAUAAACCGCCUUACUAUGCCUGGGUCAUAGUUUUUGGUGUACGACAAACACCUUCAUUUUUCUGUAAAUAUUACUCUUUAUAUAAUCUGUUAUUGCGUGUUUUUAGGUUCUGCGAAUAUCCCAUGUUACAAUUGAAAAGUCACUUUGGCAAACAUGCGUUUUCGGUAAAUCGUCAUCAGGCCAAAACAGUUACAUAGAAGUCGAAAUAGGUGGAGUUCGCAGGGUUUAUAUGUGACUCAGGGGCUAUUGACACUCAUCGUUCCCACGCAUCCGCAUGGCGACGUCGGUGGGUUUUGGUCAUUGAGUUAAGGAGGCGAAGGGGAGAGGUGACAUGGGCUGUGAGCGAUGUUUGUAAGUCGGGUGCAUUGAACGCACAUCACUGUCAUCAGGAGGUUGGGACGGCGUGCAAUCAUCAUCCGGGUUCGGUGUCGGCCACGGAAGACAGCGCCUGUAUCAAUGUCUUCUGACAACAUGGCACUCUAUUGGCUAGCCGUAUAGCCACUGCCUCGGCUGUAGGUAGCACCCGUUGGCGUAGACCUCUGGAGAAGCUUGCUGGUGUCCGGUAGACAACCUGAAUGGCUUAUUUGGCAUCGACGCGGUCUUACGUAUCGACAACAUGUGCGAGAAUAGAACUCGAAAUCGGAAGCGGGAUACAUUGGCCGUACAACGAGGCGCCUGGAAAAGAGAGUACGUGAACACAUACCGGCCUGGCUAGGUAGGGGUGAAAACAAAUCGCCCCCUUGACUCAAUGACCAUAACCCGCCGACCUCUUAGACUUUGCUUGAUAGAUGAAAGACAGCACGGUAUUAUAAUUCAACCAAUUGCCUUUCUUAUGUGAAAAUUCCGGAAUUCAUUUUUUACCAUCUAACCGGAAACACCAAACGUUCCAGUAUGUCGAACUUCCGUUUUGCAUAAAUUCUAAAGUUUUUGAUCCUGCAUCCAAGAACUCACUACGAAACAAUGUAUCUCCGUAUGGCAUGCGGUAAGCGAAACCUUACCAUGCGGUCGCCGUUAAAAUUUGAUAGGUUUCUGCUCAACUGUUUCAGAAAUCGCAGGAGAGUUUUCUACUUUUAGAAAGACAGUAGCAAAGUUGCGUAGUUCUAAUUUUUAUUCCCAACAUGUAAUCAGACUGCUUGACGCACUGGCAAAUUAGUCCUUUCCAAAUUUCAUGGAAAAAAUACUGUAUAAUUAAUUACUCACUGGUUCUCAUGGUGUUUUAAAACAAAUGAGGGCUAUACUACCCCUACCAUCAACUCCUGUUUCCAGUUUAUUUUAUUGUUCAAGAUGGUUCAAAGCCCUGCAUUUUGGGAAUACUUGUUGAAAUGCACCGGGAGGAGCAUAUUUAACUAUUUUCAGAGUCGCGUUUUCGAAAUAAACUUGGCAUGUUGACGUAGGUCUGUAUGUUUGGUUUCCAGGAUUUCCAGAAGGAGGAGGUGGUAAUAUUUGAUUCAGUAUCUGGAGGUCGUCUCUGGCACGUCUCUGGUGUGCCCUGGGAAUGCAACAAUUCAAAAUCCUCCUCCGCCUCAGAUUUGCCAAUUGGACCUUCUGACACCAUUGACUGCAUUUACAACAAUCGGGAGUUUUACGCCAACAUCCAACCUACGACAUCUGUCUCAUCCAUCUCCCUCAAUUUAAGGGUACUUUCAAACCGUUAUUCAUGCACCGUGUAUUCUGAUAUUGCUGCUUCUGUUGACUUCGCGUCAGUGACGUCCUAGCUAUGUUAUAAAUGGCAGGCUUGUGCUAACACAUCAUAAAUCAUGGGGAACUUGGCGUGGCCGGGGUUCAUGGUAGGCGAUUUUGGAAAAAGAACAAUAAACGUUAAGAAGACGUAGUUUUGACUUGCUCACAUAGGUUCCUGUGACGUUUGGCCGAUAACUGGGAUGUAUGCAUUCAUGCGCAUUGAUUCCUCCGUUAAAGCCCUCCAACAGCGCGUGCCUCCUACUUCUCAGACGUCUUCACACUUCCGUAGACUGAGUCGUAGCGCUGUUGCACACGAAAGGCGGAAAUGUGUUCCACCGAAUUUGCCGACAUGCGACUUCGUCCUCUCCCUUACAGCGAUGAUAUCCACCAGUGCCCUGCGCGUUUCGUAACGCUCUGCAACUAGCAUCGUGAUUCCUGACCGUGUAAGACGUUGAUGCUCUGAAAUUGUUGCAGCUGGACUCUGAAACAGCCGCUUCUUUAGGCAGACCCAUGCGAAUUUACGACGAAAUUCGUUUUUGUAGUGUUUGGCUGCUUUAUUGAACUGUACGUUGACCUUACCUAAAUAACGUACUCCCCAUUUUCUUCACAUGAGCAAUAUUUCGGAUUCAAAUUUUUUGUCAAGUAAAGCAAUCUAUUGUCUUUUUUCUGCCAAACGUUUAGCGAGCGGUCACUCUUUGCGAAAAAUACCUUUUUAUUUGUGUGACUUUUGAGGUUAUUUGUAAAGUCCCAACUUUUCGAAAAGUGACGCCACGAAAAUGACUUUGGGCGCCACGAGUUUCCUAUUCGUCCAGAAAACGUGAUUUUUAACCGCAAUUCGCACACACAUCACGUUGUCUACGAUUUCUCUUCUCUUUGAGUUUCCAAUUUUCAGAUAGGAAGGCUUGGUCUUUGCCGAAAGACAGUCUCGCACACCUUUGAUUAUGCAGUAUCAAGCCUGUUAGCCGAAAAUCUGAGAUACUUUCUUCAUAAGAAAGACUUACUUAGGUAUGUUUUAAGUGUGAUUAUUUAGCAUUAUGAUCUAAAGUUAUUUCUGGCAUGCUUCCAGCAGAAACCCCAAUCGGCAAACGGGAAUUUUCUCCGUUGAUUUUCGAUGCCCUUAUAAGUAUUAAUAUAUUUUAUAAAAGACAUUCAGAAAAUGCGCUUUCUUACACUCGUUUCGUCUUUGCCUGUCAAUUUUCAAAAGAGUUAUUAAUACGCACCAACUUCGAACUCUGUCGGCAGUUGCUCUUGCGCGUAGGGUUUCCAGGCUACAUAUUCCAUAUAGAACUUGCAAUUUUUCAUGAAAGUGGACCAUACUGUGUGCUUCUAGAGUGGCGUUAAUAAACGGACAGAUACGGUGCCGCCUCUAUCACGGCCUUAAACAUCUCCUAUCUACAAACUGUAAGGCACCUUUCCUCAAGGACAGAGUUUGACAAAGACGUAAUUUGCUACCAAAAGAGAACACAAAUGAUGUUUUUCUGCACAUUUUCAAUAUAGUAUAUAGGAAUUUAUAAAGUUAUCAAAGUUCAAUGGGGGAAUCGUACUUCUUCAGUUGUCGUAUUUUACUGUCUGUGAUUUUUUUCUAGACGACCUUACUGAAGUUUUUUUCAAAAGCCGGUGCCCUUCCGUGACUGAAAUAUUUGGGGAUUAUACAGCAACAUGAUCAUUAUUGCCUUCCUGCCUGAGUAAUUAUUUCUUAUCGAAAACUCAUUUCAGCUUUUAUGCUAGCCUUUGUGAUUUAGGCCAGACACUAUUUCCUCUUUAUCGAGAGCGUUGCUAAGCAACUGCGUAUGACAGGGCUCAUCAGUGACAUGGCUCAUCAAUGAUUCCCCAUGUACUAGUAUACACUCUGGUUUUAAUGCUGUCUUUGUUAAUCUCUUCCGAAAUAAACUUGGAGUAAAUUCUUGGCCACAGGCCUUCUCAGACUCGAUCCGAAUGUUGGAUCGUAGCCACGUCGUACAGCCCUACAAAGUCGACAAAACGUGUGCCUGAACUUUUAAACAGAACUAUGGCUAUAACAAAUUCUCCUGUAUUGCAUGCUGGUGACCACCGCUCUGCAGAAUGUAAAUAUCAUGUGGUUAUUAUGCCGUAGAUAAAGAAUCUCUGGUUACCUUUCAGACUUAAGCCGAACUGUUUUGUGCCGGCUUAUUUACUUGACCAUUGUACAUGAAUUGCCGUGGUAAUUAAGAGGUCAAGCUGCGCGUUUUCUAGUUUCUAUUUCUUAUUGUUUUAUUUUCAAAGCGCCUGUAUAGUUUGCAUAAAAUGUACACCCAGGAUUGACUAAUAAAUAAGGUUGGUCAGAUGCCCUAGUUCCGGAUUUCCUUACUGCAUUUUGAAGGGAAUUUAAGCGGCUCUGUUUCUGUGGCAUAACUUGAAUAAAAGAGCUUUGGGCACAAUGGUUUUCCAGACUGUUUCUCUAAAAUAAUAAUAGUCAUCAACCUAAGGAAUUUUGCUAAAUGCCAAAUUCAUAUUGACCUAACUGUGAAAAAAUCGACACUUCGGUGGGACUCGAACCCGCGACAAUAAGGGAAAAGCUUUUAUACAGCCUGUCAUCCAGUGGAUUGCAGGUGGAUUGCUUAGGAAAUACUGCUUGGGCAGUCAGUUUACUGUAACAGAUUUGGUGGAUUCCAGACGUUGCAUUAGGUUGGGCGGGUGACUUGACUUAAAUGUGAUUAAACUCGCGUCGUCCGGCGAGGCCUCGUAGCUCAGGUGGUUAGAGCGUUGGCUGUACUAAAGCCUUCCCCAUACUGUCGUGGGUUCGAGUCCCACCGAAGCGCCGAGUUUUUCACAGUUAGGUCAAUAUGGAUUUCAUAGUUAACAAAACUCCAUACAUUGAUGACUAUUAUUAUUUUACAGGUUGCACGACGACUGGCAAUUAGGUGCUGAGAAACAUUUUUUGGCAAAGGCGAGCAUGAGUCUGGAAUGGCGGCUGUUUUCCGGUUAGUUCCCGUCAUCAGCCAGCGAUGUGCACCUACCAAACGGCAGUUUGAAAUUCGGAUCCUCCGAGUGAAUUGACCAUCGAGCAACGCUUUCACCGCUGUACUAACGAACACGAGUUACCUCACCUCUGGUAGAAAGCACUCCGUCACAUGGAAGUAGUCUGCACCGAUUUAUUCAGAUUGCAGAAGAGAAGGGGGUAUACCAGUCGCGCUAUCUUUUUCCACAAAGACUCUCGAUGACUGAUUGUUACUCACUAUCCAGGUUAUUUUAGAGCCAGCUGGAAUGUCAUUUUCCUCAAUGACAUGUUGUACUAUUAUAUACUGACUGCAGCGUAGCACUGCAAAUAUUGCAGUAUUUGUCGGUACUCCUUUCACUUAAUUGCUAAUUAUAUAAAGGUAAACGUUCUAGUGGAUUUUAUACGUUAUAGUUACUUCUAACAAGGUGGAUCGGCAGAGGUGCGUUGGGCGCAACGUUCGAUGCUCGUGUCGACGGCUAACCCCUUAGUCCUCCAUCCCAGUCUCUCUUAGGUUUUGUCGGAACUGCCUCCUGUGUUAUUGGUGAUCACUAAGUGACAGUCUGCGAGGGGUAUCUGUUGAACCCCAGGACGCAACGGGGCGAGCAUGUCCUGUGACCCGAUCGGCGAAGGACAUCCCCAGGGAAAUCCCCCUUGCCUAGAAGUUACCGUUGUGAUGGAACCAAAGUGUAUUCCCUAUCCCCGUUGCUUUGUUUUAUUUCAAUAUAUUUAGUGUUGUUGUCAAAGCCUUCGGAAAUUCUAUUGUUUACAUUACCGCAUGUUAAAUACAACCACGUCCGCUUACUGAACAAGUGUCAUCAUUAAGGUGGUAUUUACAUAAUUUAAGUAGCAUUUUUUAAACAAACUCCUGUCUCUAUUUGACGUGGUUUUCAGUUCGGGUUCAGUGUCGAGAAUAUAUAACUAUGCGAAGACAAAGAUGUCCUUCUUAUCUAAAAAAAUACGGUUACCUACACUCUAAUCCCUCCAGUCUGACUUUACUAACAACCAAUAUUCAAAUUAAGUAAGAUUAUGAACGUAGAACCUCGCUUAGAUAAAUGCUGUUUUCCAAGGAAACUUAUGAAAUCAUAGAAAGCCACAUGGAUUCAAAGGUCUGUUCUGGUCUUAAAAAGUCUCCAACGUAAAUGCAUUUUGCUAGGAAAGGACUUUCGUUCUAAUGCGCUGGCACUCAAGUGCGCGGCAUUGAGGUAUCUUUUACUAACAGUCUGGAAUUUAAUCCACAUAUGUUUCUAGUUUUAUUACUUUUAUGCGCCCUUCUUACAUUGCCUCCGUCACUAUAUCCAUUCUUUUAAAAAAUAACAUGUUUAACACAGGACUCGAAAUCAUGGCGUCCCUUUUCUGUGGAGGCGAUGGAUCUCCUCUCUAUGGACAGCACCCUGGCCCUUCAGCGUCUUCUCCCACCUCUGGUCGAUGCAAAUGCUCUCAGUGAACUUCUGGAGACACAACUGAAAGACUGCGUUACGAAAUGGCGACGACAUCAGCUUCUUCUCAGAGCCAGGCCGGGUUUCGACGAGGUUUUUCUGGAAACGGCUACUCCCUGGGACGAUGCUCUAGGCCAGUUGCUUUUACCAAUGCUUUUCGAAUUUGAGAACGACGCCCAGAGUCAGGAGGUUGUUCCGAUCCCGGGUCGGCGGGAUUUCAAUUUUGUCUCGGCUGCAGUAAAGAAGUAUGUGCCGUCUGGCUACACCUUCAAAGCCUAUCCCAUUCAGGUACGCACUUAUUUUCCAUAAGCAUUUAUCUUAAGCUGCAAGAUUGGAGGGCUUUGGGGGGAUUUCUAGCCCAAAGAAAGCAAACAAAAACUGCCUGUAAAGUCACGUUUGGGUCUUAUAUUGAAUAUUUUACAAAAUGACAAGUAAUUUAAAAUGUUUUUAAACUUUCUGCCAACAUUCAAUAACAGGUCAGAAGUUGCGUCAACCCAAAUCCCUGCAUUUGCGAGUCCUUGUUAUUUUGGCCAGAAAACCCACAAGAUUAACAGUCGAAGUCUCACAAUCCUGUGUCAAUGGAUAGCGUUUUUGAAAUAGGCAUUUAGUAAUCAUGCAGUUGGGUGCAUCGAUUAGCGAUACCAUCGGUCGCAGUGCUACCUAAUAUUUGGGAGUUCUAGGCAAUACAUUGCUCUUAACCAUGAUCAGUUCUGUAUGACUUAGGGAUUUGACAGUAUCUGCAGCCACUCCCACCUUCCCUGUAAAACGCUCAAGCAUGUUACCAAUGAAUAAAUCUGCGUUUUUGCAGAUUGUAUGAUACGAGGGUUGUAGAUUGACCUAAAUUGUAAGAAUGCACCAUGUUUUCGAUGUAGUUUGCUUUGUCCGAAAUUACAGUCGAGCCUCCUUUGUCCACAGGGAGAAUUAUAAUGCUUUUUACAGUUAUCAGGAUUGCGAAAAUUCUCAUGGUAGAACUCAAACGAACAGCUCGAUGUGGAAAACAUGUAUCAUCGUUUCGUUUAGAUUCGAGUUUAUGUAAAGGCAGGUUUUCUCAACAGAAUCUCAUACGCUGCUUCUUAAAGGCUCGGAAUUACUGAAGUCAAUAAUGAAUAGUCGUUAUGAAGGCACCAGGCAUGCUUUGGUCGUUACGCGAUGCAAUUUGAUAUCCUUGGGUAGAUGUCGUGGCAGGUUUUACUUGAGUAGGUUUUGGAAAAAACUGCUCUUUUCGGCAUCUAUGUAGAAAUAUUAGCUGCUCUUGCGUAAAGCUUUUGAAAACUGCUGUUAUUUUCCAUCGCCCAGCCUGUAAAUAAAAUUUUCGAUUGCAAAUAAUACAUACAAUAUGUGACCUGCCUCAGAAAGAAUGGCGGGAUGUACAAAAGGUUGCUAGUGAUUCGUACACCGGCACACGCGAAUGGACGAAAGCUUUGAAAUAAUGACGAACGAUUUUAGGCGAAUUGGAAACAAAGGAAAUACCUAAAUCAACAGACGGUAGCUUAGAAAUACCAACUUCCUUAGAGAAGAGGAACAUCCACAACGAAAGUCAGCAAUGUAUAUUUACUUUUUCUUAUAUCUCAGGAUUUUUUGGCAGAUUUUGAGUAAUUUAUUUUGACCCAACUGCGAAGAACUCGUCGCCUCGGUAGGAUUCAAAACCACGACAGCAAGAGGAAGGCUUUAGUACAGCCAACGGUCUAGUUAUCUGAGCUACAAGGCCCCAUCUAUGAAUCACGUAAGCCUUAUAGUCAUCUGGUGGAUUCUAGAUGGAUUACUUAUGAAAUCCUGCUUGGGCAGUCAGUUUACUGUAUCGGAUUUGGUGAAUUCCUGACGGUGCAGGAGGUUGGGCGGGUGACUUGACCCAAAUGUGCUUUAAGUCACGUCUCCCGGCGGGGCUUCGUAGCUCAGAUACUUAACGCGUUGGCUGUACCAACGCCUCCCCAUGCUGUCGUGGAUUUGAAUCCCACCGAAGCACCGAGUUUUUUAUGGUCAGUUUUAUAUGAAUUUCUCUGAUAUGUGACCUUAUGAAAAUGCGUGGGGCUUGCGUAUUUUGCAGUUUAGCUCGUUUUUUGAAGGUAGAUUCAACUUAACAAUUGCGACUUUUGAUAGGCUUUUUCAAUUUCCUGAAAAUCGUUGAUAACGUUUCUACUGCAAAGGGAAUUAUUCGCCUAUCUCUUUAUAGUGGGGGUUUUGCAUUGUAUUAGUUAACUUUUAGCUCCUUUCUACGACUGUAAAUGUAUGACUGAGUGGCCGUAUUAUUACUAAGAUAUUGGUGAAACCGUUAACCUUCCACCGUUUCGUUUCUGACUUCUUACAAAGUAUUAUUUCGUACGUUUCAGAGUUAGCAUAACUACUAUACAGAGCGGCGUUUCGCGGUAAUAUAUAAAUUAUUCUUUUUAAAGCAGCAACGUAGCAGAACGUUUUGACAUACAAUUGUCAAUGGAUGUUAUUACUGCGUUUUGGACAUGAAAUCACAAAUAUUUGCAAAUCUGACUUUAAAAUCGAUAAACCGCCUGUUUUGUUCGAAAAAUAACUUGUUUGCUUACAUCUGGCUUUAUCUAAUCAACAUGAUAAAAAUAAAUUAUCUCUAAGUGCGGAAAAUUGCACUCGACAAAGUUCUCCUGCUUUCAUAACUCUCUUCUCAUAUCAAAGUACGCGCGAAUGUGCCAGUGUAGUCUAUGGUAGCUAACAGCAAAGGAAACCGUCGGAGUACGAGGUAGCACGGGUUUCCGCUCCAAUCUGUAGAACUUUUGACUGGUAAAAUUAUAUACAAACAUAUCGUGAAAAGGAAAAUGUCAUUUUCCGAAAUAAUUAAGUCGAAUAAUUAAAAUGCGUAGCAUUUUAGUUGUCCCUGAUUGAUCCUCCCAUGUGCUGUCAUCACAUUUCAUGCAUUUUACACUUUAGGUAUUGGAGGAAGUAAAUUCUAUGUAAUAAACUCUGAAGAAAAUGCUUUGGAAUGCCCGUCUUCCAUAAUGUAUACUGACAGAGCGAUAUUACCAAAAAUACAAGGAAGACUGCAAUGGUCAUUUCUGGUUUAUUAGCCGCCACCAACCACCCAUACCCCAAACCCAGGCUGGGUAAAAGAAGAUUUUCAACGCUAGUCAUUGUGUAAACUAAUUCGUCUUGUCAUUUGCCUAUAAUAUCAAUUGACGAUACGCACAGAAGUGGCCAUGUCUGCAAGAUCGAAGUUGUGUUUCAAUGAUUUCGACAGCCGCAUCCUCUAAUGCGAGGCGCAAUUCGUCAGUGUCUCCUUUAUGCUUUCUUACAUAAGUACUCUUUUCGAGUUAUGAUGAAGUGACUUUGUGUUUUAAAUUACUUCCAGUUUGUCAGUGACCGCUACGCGGUAAUUCCAACGUCACCUCGACAAGUUGCGUAAAUGUGGGAUGUGCGUCAAAACGACAUGACGAUGACUUAAAUGUCCAUUUUCAUUGCUAUCAACAUGCCACACCCCAAUCCGCGAGGUCUCCAGGUUAAAUCGUCAGGUUAACACAGUACAAUCAUGACUCAACGUAACGUAACGAAACUUUGCUUUCACAAGAGUUUGGCUACAUGUGUAUUCGGCGCCGGAUUUAGCACGCUCUAUCGUAAUACGUGCUUAUUAUUCCUAUAAUAGUUCCUACGCUGCUCUUUGUCAGGCAUCCGAGCGAAUAAUUCCAAAUAAACGUAAGUCUUCAUCGAUAAAGCCAAUCGUAACUCAUCGCUGUUGAUUCUACAAUCGUAAGUUGUUUUGCUAAAAUUGCACGCAGUGUUUAUGCCCUUCGUUACCGAAAUCGCGGUUAUCUGACUGUAAUGUUUUGAAGAUAGCCUACAGCGUCAGUUAUCCUCGCCGGUAACACCUGUUCCCGAGUGCGUGCGACACUAAUAUCUAGCAUUUUGUCGUCAAUAUUUCAUGUACAUAGUUUUGACGAUAAUACUUUUGAACUAUGUAGAAAAUAAAUAACUUUUAGUAGUGAAUAACCUUUAAUGCGCGCAUUUUCGAGUCUGUUUCCCCAGCUCAUUGUCAGAUGUUUGGACUAUGUACAAAAACAGUUAACAAUUUAGCCGUGUUGUACAGGUAAAUCUAUAGUUGGCCGAAGCCUGCUCCAAUGCGCGUCAAUGGUCUUUCGUCAUUCCCUCGCCAUUGGCUGCGCUCGCUUCCAUUUGUCCUUGCGAAAAUUGUAUUUGGCAUCUAAAUCGAUAUGCCGUUUGAUGCAUGUCUCAUCCGAGUGCAUUGCCCUAGUAAUUCGCGGCCUUUCCUUAUUGGGCAGGCGCCAACAAUGCGAGUGUUCUCCCAUGCAAAUUUGUGUCUAAUGUCCAGUGUGUGCAUAGUCACCCGAGAUAGAUGACCUCGUCUACUUACCGCUUACUGAUGCUCAUGUCUGCGGGUACAGGCAGAUUUCCCAGUUUGACCACAGUAGACGACAUCACAACUGGAACAUGGUAUUUUGUAGACAAUGCCUUGUCAAUCAAGAUAGCCAACCCUGUCCUUAGGAUGUACAAGCUGUGUACGCAAGGUGGUUGUAUGUUAGUGUGCUGCUUGUAUCUGAUGCUUUUUCAACUGUCUUUGGACGAUUUCAGAUGCAUUUUUUACGUUUCGAGGGACCCGCCAGGUGAAUGUUUUUUGGUGCCUAGGUGGCCGUUGUUUUCGAAAUACCCUUCUGUUUAAACUCAUGUUUCAUGCAAUGACGCACAAAGUGGCGCAGGUACCCGUUGUGGGAAAAUAAUUUGAAAAGGUAGUUCACUUUUGCUUGCUAACUUUCUUCAUCAGAGCAGUGUCUUUUUAUUCGGUUUAGCAGGCUGUAUACAGCACUCUUGUGAGAGAUGAGACAGUUAUCCCAAAAUGUAAGAUGACCUCGGAGUAUGUUUCUUUCCGAUAAACUGAAGUGUAAAGGGAUCCAUCUGUUUUGUAUUAUAUUCGUGAUUUAUGCUUUUUCUAUUCGUAUUUUGGUCACUCAUUUUCAUAAAGCAGCAUUGAUAUAAAAAUUAGCAAUUGGUUAAUAACUUUAUUCUACGUAUGCGAAGAUUUUUUCCAGUUUUGAUGGAUGCAGAUAGCACGAAAGAUUUUCAAGCAGAGGUUGUCUUGGAUCUCGUCCAUUGUUCAUUUUGAUGCAGAAGUCUCUUGUGCAAUGGGCGAUUUGGGUAGUUCAAUAGCAUUACUCAAACGACGACAUUUUGGGCUCUUACGAGUGCACAGUUAUUCAUUUCGGUCAAUAUGUCAUGCGUGUUGACUCAGUCUACUGUCUUGCCAGCAACAACUUUCAGUCUUUUUGUUUACGUUUUCGCUCCCAUUGUAUGCACUUCAAAAUGGAGCAGACUGACAGAUCUCGCACAAGGUCGUGGGUUAAGAAUCGUAAGAUGAUUCUCUCGACCUCCUAAUGCGCACACUAUGACGAGAUUACUCACCGCAAACCUGAGCAGAUAGGACUGUUCAGGCCUAUAUUUAAUAUGAUAGGUGCCCCAGCCAAAGGUAUGAUUUCUCCCAGGAAGGAUUACUUGGGUGACCUUGCAGCACUGAGUAUCUUACAAUCGGGGUUGAAGGCCGCUUUCUGACAGGAAUCCUUUCAUCUACCGGCAAAACUCACACUAAGUUAUAGUUGGGGAAGUGAAUACUGUGCGUUUUUUCGAUCUAUUUCUGGUGUCUGAGAAAUUGCAAUCACCUUGUGAUGCUUUCUAGAACGCGUUCAGAAAUCAGCAUGUCGUGCCUAAAGCUAGGGUCUUUCUUGUUUACAAAAGCUUGCAAGCAUCUUCAGGUGUUUGUGAUAUCUAAUGUGCACCACAUAUCCAUUCCAUAAAGUUUUGAGGAUAAAAAAUGAGUUCCUUUAUAUUUUGAGCGUGGCGGGAAUUUGAAAGUCGAGUGUGCCCAUAAAAUACCAAUUAAGUUAAGCACAUAAGCGAAAUUUAGAAAGUUGCAACAGAACGGCGUAAAACCUCUCCUUCAAGAGUGGAAUUUAAGGAGGUCGUUAUUUCUUUUGAAACUGGUACAAGGCAUGCCUUCUGUUUGUUUUAUAAGUAAUUAAUAUUAUACAGAUGACGAACUUCAAAUUUAAUAAUGUGCUCCACUCAAGUAAUUAGUUCUUAGCGAGUAUUGUUUUCACAGGCGACCGUAAGGUCUUUGCCAAAAAUCCGGUUGAUUUUGUGAAGAAGAAGAAGAUAGGCUGUCCGGAGAGCCUAUUUUCUUCUUCAAACUUCCAGAGUAUGGUUGACCUGAUAAAUCCUUUUUGAUAUAAGUUAUAUUUUAAAAUUUCAAAUAAGGUUUCAUGUGUUUCAUUCGCCUACCCUGUACCGCAUGUAACUUAACUCGUGUAACGUGACGGUGGUCACCAAAACAAUCAUUUUAGGCACUCGAAACUUUGAGCACUUGUUCACUCCCCUCGUUUCCUCGCCUUGUUUGCAAUAAUAAUGCCCACAGACAAUUCUAUGUUUAAACAAACAGAUUUAAUCCUGCCAUUUGCGAAUACAACAUUUACUUUAAGGGUUCAAUAAUCAAGUGGCUAUUUUAACUUUAAAGUUAUGCUGAGGUACUUUUCAUGCGGUCUAAUCUCUAUACGUAUUUUUGAUAUGGACAUUAACAGUUUCAGCAAUAUGAGCAAUGUAUCACUAUUUAUACGGCCACUCCUAUUUAGAAUAUAGGCUCUCCGGAACAGUUUUAGUUAGAUGCCGACGUUUCUAAGAGCUUGGUCGGCUCUCCAUUGUCAAGGCGUAAAAUUUUCUUAAUCGAUCAGAAUUUCCAAGUGGCGUGUCACGUUGGUCAGCCUCCUGCUGAUCGAUUUUUCUCUCUUGCUGCCUCGACCUCUCGGGGGAGGGGUGAAGGGCGUUUUGUCUGUGUGCAAUGAGGGCGACUGCAAAUGUGGGAGAAACCGGGGGAAAAUUGCAGACUUGCCAAAGUAACAGCAUUUGGUAUUAGGUAUUUCGAGUUUUCAAUUACCUGGAGUUCGUUUGUUAUUGGAGUACAAUGAAUAGGUUUAUUAAAACAGCUCUUGGGGAAACGUCAGUCUCCACUGAACACAGGAGAAAGCUUAAGACAGACGAGUCCAUCCUGGCUUCGUGGAUUCGUUUCUGAUUGAGUUUUAUCUGGCUAAGGAUUUUUCGUUAAUUUAACCAAAUUGCAAGAAUUAGCUCGUCUGCUGCAUGUCUGGGGAUCCUCAGCCGCAGACGACACUAGCAAACUGUGACUCUAAGUGCGUCUUUAUAAUCAUGCAAUCCCUCGAUUCCAAUGUUCAGACCUCUGCAAACUGAAUUUUGUAAUUGUUAUGACACUCAGAUGUCACGAUUAUGUGCUUUAAGGCAUCAUUCCGUCUGGUAAUUGUAUGCGAGUAGCCACCUUUCAUGUCCCUCCGAAUUAUGUUACAUGCGGCUAUUCCGUUGAACUCAUUGUUAUUAGUCCCAGGCUUACAGCAAGCAUUCUUGUUUCAUAUAAAUGUUAAAAAUGGCAUUAUUUCUUAAGAAAAACGUUUAAGAGAAUUACGUUAUCUACACCACGUUUAUCUUUAAUCACUUUUGCCAUUGCUUUCUGCAUUUUUCUAGUUGCUCCAUCACGAUGCAUCGAGGGCCCUGAUUAGCGCCCUGAAGUCUCCAGUCUGUCAGGAUAUUCUGACUUGCACAGGGACGGACCUGCGGUUGGCUGUUCGGGCGCAGGUUUUCGCUUACGCGGAGACAGUUGUCGUCUCGUGGUGUAUCUUCGCCUGCGUUUACAAGUCCUAA